AUGGAUCGCUUCGACGUCAUCUCGUUCUCGGACUUGACCGGCCCCGACGGGAGCGACAAGUGGGUCAAGAUCGGUGGCGGCUCUUUUGGCGUCGUCUUCAAGGGCGAGUACCUAGGUACACAGGUAGCAAUCAAGGAGGUCCUGCCGAAUAACACGUACGAUGUCGAAAAGUACUUUGAGCGCGAGUGUGUGCUGAUGAAGGAAGCGCGACAUCCGAACAUUGUACAGUACAUUGGCCUCACCAAGUCACCAGAGCCUGAUGGCCGUAUCUACAUCAUCUCCGAAUUCGUCGGCGGCAACCUGCGAAGCUUCAUCGCUGAUACACGAAAAGCGUUCCCGUGGCGCCUGCGCCUUUCCUUCGCGACGGAUAUUGCGCGCGCGCUUGCGUAUCUGCACGCGAGGAACUGCAUGCAUCGCGACCUCAAGGGCGAGAACCUGCUGAUCACUGCCAAUGACCGCAUCAAAGUCUGUGACUUUGGCUUUGCGCGCAUUGCCGCGCGCAAUGAGGAAGAGAUGCGGCGGAUCAGCUACUGCGGCACAGACGGCUACAUGUCGCCUGAGAUUCUGAUGGGCAUCGACUUUUCGCUCCCCUCGGAUAUUUUCUCGCUCGGCAUCAUCUUCUGCGAGAUCCUCUCGCGGCACCUCGUCGACGCCAACACAUUCAAGCGUGAGAUGCCCUCGUUCGGCGUUAACGCCGAUGAGGUGUACGACUUGGCGUCUGACGGUUGUCCGCCCGAGUUCAUCCAGCUCGCGCUCGACUGCGUCGACGAGGACCCCGCGCGCCGACCCGGCAUGCGCGAGGUCGUGCGGCGUCUGCGCCUCAUCGAGAGCGAUGUCGUCCGUCGCGAGAUGGAGCAGGCUCAGAAGGCGGGCGAGGCAGCGCUGGCGUAUGCCGUCGGAAGCAUACGCGGCAGCUCGCUGCAUGCCGUCAUGGGCUCCAAGGCCGGCGGAAAGCAGCGCAAGGGCGCAGCAGCAGCAGGCGGUAAGGGUGGCAAGGCUGAUCGGCAUGGGCUCUCGCCCAAGAUGCCGAGCUUUAGCGGACAGGUGGACGUCAAGGCAAGCAAUGCGGCAGUCGCAGCAGCGAAGGAGAAGCACCUGCGGCGCACACCGUCGGAAGACAGCACCAGCUCGGAUGACAUGAAUGAGGCUAUUGCCGCGCUAGAGCAGAUUGGCAUCGAUACCAAAGACCCUGUGAGCGGCGAGCACGUCCCGCUCAACCUGGCAGCGGGCAGCAAGGUCUCGUUAACGCUGCGCAGAGGCGGCAAGAUCAGCAUUGUCGAUACCAUUAAGGCCGGCUCGACGUUCAAGGUCUCCGGCCAUGGCAACCCGUGGUGGAGCGACGACGAACGCGAAUCGCUGCCCAGCAUCAACGCCAGCUGGAUUAAAGGCAAGGGUGUAGCGCCAGCGUCUGUAGGUGCUGGAGAGAGCAGCAGCAUCAUCAACAUCGACGCAACUCCACCAGCGCGAUUGUCCUCCAUUCUUACCGUCAAGGGCGGCGACAAAGACGCUGAUUACAGCACCUCUGUCAUUCGCUCCAGCAAGGUUUCCCAUACACAUGCACCGCUUGCAUCCGCCAUGAGCGUUCUUACGGCCAGACAGCAAGGUGAAAGUGGCAAAGUAGCGCGAGCCGCAGGAGGCGGCACCGAUGCCAGCGACGAGAUUGGAGCAGGGUCGGCUCUAACCGUCCGCAAGGGAUUGCAACGACCGCGUCGCGAUGCAGAUGGUAACGUCGUCGGAGGCGGUGCUAGCAGCAGCAAUUUCCUCGGCCAGCUCGAUGAAACCACGCCACAGGGUUCGUUCAUGACAGCCCGCACGCCGUCGCUCGCUAACGCUACGAUCGCCUCUUCCAUCCGCGCCGCCCGCGUCCAUGCCGAUGACGGUGUUGGUGCAGCCGCAGAGGGCACUAGCUUGAACAGCAGAGAUGCAGCACCCACGCCGGCCCCGCUUCCUCACCGCUUCACGCUCGUCAAGAACGGCAUGAAGCGGCCCAGCAACCUCACUGCUGCCGCGACAGCCGCCGCGAGCGGAAUUGCCGGCUCUGCAUUCGGCAGCCUUCUCCCGCCGGCCAUCAUGCUGACCAACGCCUUGGCCAAAUGCUGGGUGUGUGGCAAGCGUAUUGGCUGGAAGCCUUUCCUCGACUGCGACGACUGCCCGUACAAGACGCACGUUGCCUGCGGCGAGCUCGCCGAGGCGAACUGCGAGGAGAUCUGCUACCCGCCCCCGCGCUCAGGCAGCAGCACGCCCGUCGUCUCCGCCGAACAGGUCGCUGCGCGCAGGCUCUCGCGAAGCAAGUCGCCUGACCAGAUGUCUGUUUCGGCAGCCGCUGCAGCGCUGCGUGCGCAGAUGGCCAACUCGGAUUUGGCAGAGGCACAAGCACAAGCCGCCAGUGCUGGUGGGGCGAAGGAGAAGAGCGGCGGAGGAUUGAAGCUGAAGCUCAAGAGGAACAGCACAAGCCAGCCGCUGCCACCAUCCGGACCCGCGAUCCUGCAGGCGCCAGCGGCGAACAAGAAAGGCAUUCGCACAUAG